AUCACUUGUCCCAGGUAGUUGAACACAAAUAACACUUGGGUAUGGGUGGGUAUGGGUACCCAAGGAUCUCUUGAUGCCAAACACCCGGUUUAGUUUGAAAUUUUGUAUUACUGUUGAUUACAUUCAUGGACACCCCUCAGCCUCGGCGGCAGCAGAGCCGUCACUCGGACAUCUUUGAGCGUUCGCUGCAGCGGCUGGACGAUGCCCUGCAGAGCCCGUCCGGUUCCCUGCAGGGCCGGCCCCGGCAGCCGGACCGACGCUCCGUGUUGUCGCGGCGCAGCGGGCGGCUGGAUGACCUCACCAUGGACCUCACCAGCUACACAAUGGUCGGCGGCAGACGCAGUAUUUUACCCGGUGAGAUGACCGCUCUGGAGGAGUCCAUAUUGGAGGAGCCCGAGCUCACCAUGCUCACCGAGGAGGACCCGGGCGAUAAAGCGGUGUCGGGCCUCUCGGAGGAGUUUCUGUCGGCCUACCGGCAGCGUCCGUCCGAGCACCAGCUGCUGGACCUGCUGGCCGACUACCAGCAGCUGACCGAGCAGCAGGUCGAGCGGCUGGCGCAGCUGGUCAGGAGGGUGCCCGCCCAGCGGGGCGCCACCCACCUCACCGCAACACGACAGCUGCACAGCCAGCUGUCGAAGGAGCGGAACACGUGGCGGCUGCUGGUGUCGCUGUACCGCGACCGGCUGCUGGUCACCUCGGAGGAGCCCGGCGCCCUGCUGCUGGAGGGCGUCGGCCGGCCGCGCUCCGACCAGAGGCUGGCCGAGGACCUGUUCAAGUGCCAGACCGACGUCCGCCAGGCCCAGCUGGUGGUGGAUUGGCUGGAACACUGCGCCGCCGACGACAUCGUCAGCGGGUACAUGGACAAGGUGGAGUUUUUCGGCAACACGGCCGUGGCCUGGGAGAACACGCUGCACGCGCUGCAGGCGGCCGACGGGCGGACGGCGCGCGGCCAGAGCCGCAGCAUGGACCCGGACGGACCGGUGCGCGACAGGCAGCCGCUGCACGACCUCGACCAGGACGACGAGCGGCGCCUGCUGCGCUACAUGUUCGUGCUGCUGCGCUCCGGGCAGAUGUCCAAGGCGCAGGAGCUGUGUCUGCGCGUGGGUCAGCCGUGGCGCGCCGCCACUCUGGAGGGCUGGAAGCUGGCGCACGACCCCAACUACGAGGACCCGGCCAGUGAGCCGCGGCCCGUCCAGGGGAACCCGCUCAGGGACCUGUGGAAGCUGACGGCGUGGCAGCUGUCGGAGGACGUCUCCUACGACGAGCACGAGCGGGCCGUGUACGGCGCGCUCUGCGGCAACCUGGACGCCCUGCUGCCCGUCUGCAGCACUUGGGAGGACCGCGUCUGGGCCUUCUUCAAGGUGUUUGUCGACUCGCGCGUGGAGGCCGAUGUGCGGGAGAACAGUCAGUCGCUAAGGCAGCUCCGGCCGCUGCCCCAGCACUACACCGAGAAGAGCCGUUCGCCGGACGCCAUUUUCUCGGAGGUGGACGCUCUGGAGAACUCCUCGGGCCGCACAGACGAGGCCGUGCGGCUCUAUAACGCCAUCCAGCAGUGCGCCAUUCUCGGCGACGAGGCCACCAUGUGCGCCAAAAUGGCCGCCUUCUGCAAGGAGGACGGGGGUAACGACCAGCUGCUGCGCUCGCUGGCGCACAUCGUGCUGCUGGUACGCCAGUACGGGUCCACAGAGGUCGACCACGACCACUGCGUCACCGUACUAGAGGCUUACGUCAAGCGCCUGGUGUCGCGGCAGGAGGCGCCGCUGGCCGUCUGGUACACGGCGCUGCUGCCGCCGCCGCUGCAGACAGAGUGGUGCGCCGCGCUCAUGGAGUCGGCCCGGGCGCCGGCCGACCGGCUGCGCACCCUGCGGCUGGCAGAGGAGGCCGGCCUGGACGCGCCGGCCGCCGCGCUGGCCGUGGUUCGCGCCGCGCGCCUGCCCGCCGAGCCGGCCGCCGAGCUGUCGGCCGAGACCAGCGAGGACGACCGGCGCGCCGCCGGCGCCAUCCAGUGGCUGCUCUUCGAGCCGGCCCAGCGGCUGGACGCCCUGCGCGAGGGCAACGCCAUCUGUCGGCGGCUGUUGCUGGCCAGGAAACUGCCCGCCGCCAGGGAGCUCAUGCAGCUGAUCCCGGACGACAGUAUCGCCGUGCUGCUGGCCCGCUGGAAGGAGACGACUGGAGAGACAGAGCUGCCGCCAGAGCAGGACAAUGUGGUCAAGGAGCACCUCUGCGUCAAGGCGUUCAUGCUGGGCCAGGACGCGUACCAGGACUGGUCGGACCAGUUCUACAGCCAGCGGCCGCGCCGGCCAGAGCUGCGGCCGGCCGCCUCCUUCGCCGAGACGGUGGCGCACGAGCAGCGUCUCAAACAGUACGAGACGGCGCUGGAGCGGUGGCGCGCGGCCCACACGGCCGCCACCGCCGCCACCGCCGAGCGGCUGUACAACGUGCUGCUCUUCCCGGACGGCGGCUGGAUGGCCGACCGCGCCGCGCCGCACACGGCCGCCGCGCCGGAGGGUGCCGGCGAGCCGCAGCGGCAGCGCGAGCUGGCCCAGCUGCGGCGCCUGUACGUGCCGCAGACGGUGUGUGUGCUGCACACGGUGCUAACCGAGAGCGGCCGGCUGCCGGAGGCCGCCCGGCUGGCCGACCUGGUGGCCGGAGACGAGUACCAGCUCUACAAGGAGUUCAGCCAGCCGGAGCUGCAGAACCUGCUGGGGAAGCUGCGGGAGACCUCUCUGAGGCUGCUCGACCAGAACCUGGACGCCCUCGGCUACCCGUUCCAGUGAUCCGAGACGGCGCCUGGUGUCACAGAAUCGUCCAGCUCCAUCUGAACCAACAGGUCGCCAGAGCUCAGUGGAUGUACUUUAGCUCACCACAGCUCACAGCUGAGCUGACCGCAGCUCAUUGGAGCUACCUGGACUUAUCACAGCUCAGUGUUACAGCUCACAGCUCACUGGCGCUGCCGAGCUCGCCCAGCCUCCCGUUCCAUUGAGUGAGGGAAUUAGUCCAGCUGGCCGGGCCCUCUGUGUGGGCCGUGCGAUGUAGAGCGACGUUUUGAGAGGGUUGGAGGUGGCUGUCUCCCGCCCAUCUCGUAUACAUGUGCCGAUCAUUAGACUCGUGUUGUUGGAAUACACUGCCUUUUGGA